AUGGCUCCCAAGGCAGCAUCCAAGACCGCCACCAAGACCGGCAAGCAGGCCAAUGCCGCCGCUAAGGCUGCCCUUCGCGGUUCGUACGCGAACAAGAAGCGCGCCAUCAGGAAGAGCACCAGCUUCCACCAGCCCAAGACUCUUGAGCUGUCUCGUGCUCCCAAGUACCCCCGCAAGUCGAUCCCCCAUGCCCCUCGCAUGGAUGCCUCGACCAUCCUGAUCCAUCCUCUUAACACCGAGUCUGCCAUGAAGAAGAUCGAGGAGAACAACACCCUCGUCUUUAUCGUCGACGUUAAGGCCAACAAGCGCCAGAUCGCCGCUGCCCUCAAGAAGCAGUACGACGUCUCUUGCAUCAAGAUCAACACUCUCAUCCGCCCCGACGGCUCCAAGAAGGCUUUCGCCCGCCUGACUGCUGAUGUCGACGCUCUCGACAUUGCUGCCACCAAGCUCAACCUCGUUUAAGCGAAUUUUGGUGCAUGGGAAUGAAUGGACCUGGGAUACCCAGCUAUGGAAAAAAGCGAUGUGUUAUGCCUGGCGUUCACGGGCACGUAGUCACGGCGACUCGAAUGAAUCAAUUCAGCAUGACGCCACUACAAGUGUGCGCGCGACCUUCAAAUGUGUUACUGCAAAUGCGAUACCCCUUCACAG